GUUAUUAUUUUUUAUUUAAUUUUAAAGUUCUAAAUUUUUUAAUUGGGAUAAAAAAUGUUACAAAGAUUACUUUGUAAGCGUUUGAACGUUAAAAUAUGUGGUAGACAGAUAAAUUUACUGUUUAAGGUGCCACUUUCAAGUUAUUCCUGUGAACAAUGCAGAAACAGGUUAAUCUCUGGUCAGAAAGUUUCGGCAUUACGAAAUAAUUUCGAAAGGACCUUACUAUUUAGGAAGGACGUCUAUUUUUUGAAAGCAAGGUAUUAUACUAGCCAAGUCGAUACUCAGAAGAAAAAUGAACACAUCGAAAACAUCAAAGAUAAGACAGUGUUAGCUACCACAAAGAAGAUAAAUGUAAAAUUAAAGCCUUCAGAAUUAAAGAGGCUACUUACUUUGGCGGAGCCAGAAAAAUGGACCCUUGCUGGUGCUAUUGGAUUUUUAUUAAUUUCAUCCAGUGUUACUAUGGCAGUGCCCUUUUCAUUGGGAAUGGUGCUGGAUAUCAUAUACAGUGGCACAAAUGAUCUUAUAGCUGCGAGAGAGAGACUGGACCAACUGUGUUUGGUGCUCUGUGGAGUCUUCCUUGUUGGUGGCCUUUGCAAUUUUGGAAGAGUGUACUUGAUGUCAAUAUCUGGUCAACGAAUGACGCAGACACUCCGCAAACAAGUUUUCUCGUCUAUAAUGCGCCAGGAACCGGCAUGGUUCGCUAAAACAUCUACGGGAGAGUUGGUGAAUAGAUUAUCAGCUGAUACGCAGUUGGUAGGGCGCAACCUUAGUUCAAAUGUUAGUGAUGGAUUGCGCUCGUUGUUUAUGGUCGGAGCUGGCACUGGCAUGAUGUUCUACAUGUCUCCAUCGCUGGCGCUAAUAGGGCUGUGCGUAGUGCCCCCAGUAUCGAUGUUAGCGAUUAUUUACGGUCGAUUCGUGCGGGGCAUCACUAGGCAAUUGCAGGACGCCUUAGCAGAGACGAGUGAGCUAGCCGAAGAAAAAAUAUCGAAUAUAAAAACAGUGAAAUCGUUCAGUAAGGAACAAAAAGAAUGCCAGUCGUACGCGCAACGAAUAGAGACACUAUUAAAUUUAGCAUACAAAGAGUCUUUGGCCGUUGGUAGUUUCUACGGUUUGACAGGCCUAUCUGGCAACACUAUUAUAAUCCUAGUACUGUACUACGGCGGUGGUAUGGUCGCCACAGAACAGUUGACAGUUGGCAACCUGACAUCCUUCCUUCUGUACGCCGCUUAUGUCGGCAUCAGCAUCGGGGGCCUUAGUAGUUUUUACACAGAUCUAAACAAGGGUAUGGGCGCUGCCACGAGGCUAUGGGAAAUCAUGGAUAGGGAACCAAAGAUACCAGUUAUAGGUGGUAUACGACCAAAAGAACGGCCUAAAGGCGAAAUAGUAUUAGAUAAUAUCAACUUUUCCUACCUCGGUGCACCUCUAAUAAAAGGCCUAGACCUGCAUUUACAUCCAGGGAAAAGUGUAGCUUUAGUUGGAAGGUCUGGUUGCGGCAAAAGUACGGUCGCCUCCCUUAUAUUGAGGUUAUAUGACCCGGACGUGGGCAGGAUAUUGUUAGACGGAGUAGAUAUAAGGCAGCUAGACCCAGUGUGGUUAAGGAGUCACAUAGGAUACGUCAGUCAGGAACCUGUGCUUUUCACUGGAUCUAUAAAAGAUAACAUACUCUAUGGCGCGCACGAUGAUUAUGUGCCGCUGGAAAAUGAAAAGGAGCCGGCGUGGUUGGCUGCGGCGAAGGCAGCGCAACUGCAAGAGUUGGCAGCGGGGAGUAGUGACGGGUGGUCGCGUGAGGUUGGCGCGGGUGGUUCUCAGCUCAGCGGUGGUCAAAAACAGCGCGUCGCCAUCGCACGCGCUAUCGUCAAGAACCCAAAAAUACUUAUACUCGACGAAGCUACCUCAGCCCUGGACACAUAUUCCGAAUAUCUAGUCGACAAAGCACUGAAAGAAAUUAGUAGAGACCGGACACUGUUGACCAUUGCCCACAGAUUAAGCACGAUACAGUCAGCUGACGAAGUCGCAGUUAUAGGAGACGGUAGGAUCAUAGAAAAGGGACCAUACACAGAACUAAUGGCGAAACCUGACGGGUACUUCAGGGAGCUCAUGACGCAUCAGACGUUUGCCGGUUCGAAGACAAAAAACAAUCAGGAUGUGCAAAAAAGCUAAUAGAGAACUAUUAUUUCUAACAAAUUUAACGUUGUCGUGUUAAUUGUAAAUUUAAAAUGUUACCUUUCGCUGUAUGUGAAUAAUGUGAAGAAAAAUAUAAAACAACAUAAACCUUAUAUUUACAAAAUUAUAUUAAGAUAGUAAUAUUUUUUUAUUAAAAAAAAACUGAGAUGUUUCUUUUACUUCUUUCUAUACACUGCACUAUUUCGCUUAAAGUUUCGUGUUAGAAUUCUUAUUUAUAUAAUCAUUUAUAUUUAUCGUUUCUCAAAGAUGACGAAAUGUCCCUUAAUACUGUAUCUAAGUUUGUUUUUAAUACGCAAUUUUGACUAUUACUUUUCCCUAUAAGGACGACGAAAAUUAAUGCUUUCAUUAUAAAAUUAAAUUGUUCUCAGAUCACUAAGCAAAUAUGAAUUAACGGGCUAUUCGAUAGCCAAUUUUCAUAGCUUCUAAAUUAAUGACGUACCCACCGACAUUCAUUGCAACGCUGCUAGGCCCAGAUUAUUAUUCAAAUUCCUAUCUUUAACGGUAACCAACAUUUCUGACAUUAUCACGUUACUAUUUAAAUGCAACAGAAAACAAGACUGAGAUUUCUAAUAUUGUUUUUCAAAUUAAUUUAUAUUUUCAUCAAGACAAACCUGAAUAAAAAAAUGCCUUUUUUCACCUACUUGAUUUUUCCUGUUUACUAAUUAUCAAGUUUGGAAAUUUGAGCACAGGUUUUUAACGUAUUCUCUCAACUGUCCCGAGGUCUUUCUUACCAUUAAAUGAAUGAAAAUGUUUUUUUAACGACAUUUACGGUGUGUACAAUACUUUAGCGAAAACGAACCGUUUUCUUAACAUUAUAGCCUUGAAUAACUUCUGUUAAUUUUCAAAUACAAGGAGCAAUUCAUAAGAAAGACUAACUUUUCCGCACAACGAUUUAAGUAGCCAAUUUUACGUAAGAUUAUUAUCGUGAUUGUUAUAUUUAUUACAUUUGUAUUGUUAAU